CUAAUUGGGUGCUACUCGAACUGUUGCAAAACUACAACUCCCAGCAUGCCGGGACACCCAUUGGCUGUAAGGACAUGCUGGGGUUUAUAGUGUUGCAACAGCUGGAGGUCCACACUUUGGAGACAACUGGUCUAUUACACAGAUCAUGUAAAACCAAAACUGUGUAUUAAUGAAUUCAAGCGACAUCUGCUGGUCCUAAGUGGAACUGCAUUUUUCUGGUCACAUAAGGUAUUUUAAUUUCUAUAAAUAAUAAAACCACAUAUAUUUUAAGUUUUUGUUGCUUUUGAGGAUUUCAGCUCUAAGAAACAGAGACUCCUCUUAGAUUUGUAUAGGUUGUGAGGGGGUUCAGAAUAAGUGUUACAUUCAAGUGACACUAAUAAAGUUAUUUAAUAAAAAAAAAAUAAUACACAAACGGAGAUAACAGACGUCGAGCGUGGAGACACGCCUACAAGAUACGGGCCAAUAGGAGAGCACGUCGCGGGGAUUGGAUGAAGUUUCGGUUUUGCCCGAGAUUAAGAUGGCGGAUCGCCUGACGCAGCUGCAGGACGCGCUGAAUUCGCUUGCAGACCAGUUCUGUAAUGCGAUCGGCGUCCUGCAGCAGUGCGCUCCCCCUGCAUCCUUCAAUAAUAUUCAGACAGGGAUAGGCAAGGAGCAGCCCACAAACCCCACAGAAGAAUAUGCUCAGCUUUUUGCCACUCUCAUUGCCCGUACCGCAAAAGACAUUGAUGUCCUCAUCGACUCUCUGCCCAGUGAGGAAUCUACGGCUGCUUUACAGGCCGCCAGCCUGUACCAGUUAGAAGAGGAGAACCACAAUGCAGCGACUCGGCUGGAGGAGGUGGUGUUCAGGGGGGACAUGCUGCUGGAGAAGAUACAGACAGCACUAGCAGACAUUGCCCAGUCUCAGCUGAAGACCAGAAGCAUUAUCCACAUGCAGCCACUGCCUGAGAGCUAACAGCAGGGGGCACACUUCUUAUUAGAACUGUCCACCCUGAGAUACUGAGCGGCAGGAGCUGCGUGCCCUGCAGUGAGCUGCAAUACAGAUAAUCCGCCUGCUGGCAUAACAGUACUCUAUGCAGGGGUGAUACUUCAAAUGAAUUAUUCUGGCGCACUAAACAUGAGGCCCCAUUCUGGGUGAACUUACACUGAAUACAUCUAUCAGGGAAUGGCUAGUAACACAAAAUGUGACGUUGCUUGCUUUACAUGUGGGGGCAUGAAUCUCUACAGCCUCCCACCUGUCAAGGAAACAAAGGCCAAACCAGGAGCAUAUUGGCCAAUCGCAGUGUCUGGCACUUCCCUAAUAUUUGUAUAACUUCCACAUUCAGUAGGACAGAAAGCUCUAUGUCCUUCAUGCUCACAACCAGUAGGGGGCCCUGUUUUGAUGUAUGAAUUUUACCGGACUGACAAGGUGUUUUUUUUUAUUCUCCUUCCCCUCUCAUGCUAGGAUGGGCUGCACAGGGAUCUCCCCCUCACUACAACUGUUUGUAUGAGAUUUUUUUUUUUUUUCAUAAUAAAUUUAAAUGAAUUGGCACAAAAUG